AUGAACUUCUUAAAACAUAACCAUCACUUUCUUGGGAAAUUUUUCAACAAUAACAACCGAUCACCAGAUGAGGUUAAAAGGUGUUUUAGGUACGGAUCUUCUUCUCAAGUUAGAGACAAUGUACAUGUAAAAUGGUACAUCGACGGAAAGAACUACUUUUAUGCCGUUUCCGAGGCCCUCAUGGCCGCAAAAGCGGAAAUACUUAUUGAAGGCUGGUGGCUCUCCCCGGAAUUGUAUCUUCGAAGACCUCCUUGUAUGAACGGGGAAUACCGUCUUGAUAGAAUUCUCAAAAAGAAGGCCGAGGAAGGAGUUAAGAUAUAUAUCGUGCUUUACAAUGAAUCAAAAUACUUAUCAUUGAAUUCUAGGCAUAGCGAAGAGGUCUUGCAGGGUUUACAUCAAAAUAUUCUUGUAACUGCGACAAAAGAAAUUGAUUCCCAUACGGUUAAAAAUCUUAUUGGGAAGGCGAUUGUUGAAAGAAUCGCUCGGGCCCACGCGAAUGAUGAAAAAUUCAGAAUCAUCGUUUCUCUACCGUUGAUUCCGGCCUUUCCUGUUGCACUUGACGAUAGUGAUUCUGCGAUUAUACGGUAUAAUAACCUACGAUAUCAAUCUAUCUGUCGCGGAAAACAUUCAAUAAUCGAGCAAAUUAAAAAAGCUGGCUGUGCUACUCCAGAAAGGUACAUUGGCUUUUAUGCGCUUCGAUCAUAUGGUAAAAUUGAUUACUCGGCUAUUCAAAGGGGUUUGGGUGUUCUCGAGGAUGAGCUUAUUGCACCAAAUCUGUUUGAUGAAUCCGAUUUAGCAGGCGAUUAUGAAAAUGAUCCUACUGGUGCCUAUGUCACUGAAGAGAUUCUAAUCCAUUCGAGCCUUUUGAUUGCUGACGAUAGGACUGUUAUAAUCGGGUCAGCUAAUCUGAACGAUAGAUCACUGAAUGGUGAUCACGAUUCAGAAAUUGCUGCGAUUAUCGAAGAUAAAGAUUACAUAGAAUCAAAAAUGGCUGACACGAGG